UUCUGUGAAUAAAAACACCCCCCCCGGAUACCGGGACGAACACUUGGAUAUGGCGGGUGUGAAGGCGAUCGACCUUCUCCUUGGAGUUGUUGUAGUUUUGCAGUGCGUGGGGAACGUCCGAGCCGAGAUCACAGCCGCGGACGGUGUCUUUUACUCGUAUGUGGAGGGGCUGGCGGGGAAUGAGGACGCAGCGGCCGACGUGAAGCUGUACAGCCACAGGUGGAGGAGACGGGUUCCCCCGAAACCUCGGAACAUGGACAGCAACAGGGCCAGUCAGGAGCAGGACCAGGACCAGGACCCGGACCCGGAGCAGGAGGAGCCCGAGGGGUUCCCAGGCCUGCUCUCCGCAGAGGAGAGAGACAACAGCUCCCAGAUCGAGCAGGACACAGAUCACAACUACUACACAUCCAAAACGUACGGGCCGUCCGAGGCGAUGAGCAAAGACUUGUGGGUAGACGUCGACCACAUGAACAAGGAGAAAGUGAAGAUCCACGGCAUCCUGUCCAACACACACAGACAAGCGGCGAGAGUCAAUCUGUCCUUCGAUUUCCCUUUUUACGGACAUUUCCUGCGUGAAAUCACCGUGGCAACUGGUGGUUUCAUCUACACGGGCGAUGUGGUCCAUCGGAUGCUGACGGCCACACAGUACAUCGCUCCCCUCAUGGCCAACUUUGACCCGAGCGUCUCCAGAAACUCUACGGUCAUCUACUUUGACAACGGUACUGCUCUGGUGGUGCAGUGGGAUCACGUUCACCUACAGGACAACUACCACCUGGGGAGUUUCACCUUCCAGGCCACGCUGCACAACACCGGCAGGAUCGUGUUUGCAUACAAAGAGAUCCCCAUUGAGGUGGCACAGAUCAGCUCUGUCAAUCACCCGGUGAAGGUGGGCCUGUCUGACGCCUUCGUGGUCGUCCACAAGAUCCAACAGAUCCCCAACGUGAGGAGGAGGACGAUCUACGAGUACCACCGCGUGGAGCUGACGAAGACGAAGAUCACUAAUUCUACCGCCGUAGAAAUGAUGCCGUUACCCACCUGUCUCCAGUUCACCAGCUGCAGCUCCUGCAUCUCCUCACAGAUCAACUUCAACUGCAGCUGGUGUCAUCGCCUCAACAGAUGUUCCAGUGGCUUCGACCGCCAUCGGCAGGACUGGGUGGACAACAGCUGUCCCGAUGAGACCAAGGACAAGAUGUGCGACAUCAUCGACACGACGUACCUCUACCCCUUCACCACCACUGUUGUCGCCAAAACAACGUCCAGGAGCAGCGAGGCCACUUCAGGCCGGGACAGGCCCUCCACCACUCACCCUCCCACCAGUGUCCCCACUGAAGAUGAUACGAAGAUCGCUCUGCAUCUCCGAGACAACCAGGCUGAGAGUGCUGUGGGCAGGAAGCCUGGUACACACCCUCUGCACACCGGCCUGAUCCUCGGUAUCCUGCUGGUGAUGCUCGUCAUGAUUGCUGGUGUCCUGAUCACCGUCUACAUCUACCAUCACCCCACCUCCGCCGCCAGCCUCUUCCUCAUCGAGAGACGCCCGAGCAGGUGGCCGGCCAUGAAGUUCCGCCGGGGGUCAGGUCACCCGGCCUACGCGGAGGUGGAGCCGGUGGGCGGCCAGGAGAAGGACGGCUUCAUCGAGUCCGAGCAGUGCUGAGGGGGAGGUGGGGGUGUCCGCAUCCCUGCUGCCUCCCCCCACCCCUCCUCCCCGUGCCAGCCCUCCUCCUCCUCACCAGGACCCUCCAGGAUCUGCUCGUCACCUGGGGAGCUCGGCGUGGACUCGCUUAGACUUCACGUACCGGCCCAUUGAGCGCUAGAUGAGACGGGAUGCAGCAGCCGCUAACACGGGCGAGCGAGAAAACCCUGAAAGCCAAUCCAGACAGACGUAUUGCUAGGAACCGGCAGACGGAGGGAACAGCGUCCACGUCACCACCUCGGUCACCAUUGGUCCAGAGUUUCUACAGCUGCUGUCACGUUGCCAUGGAGAGUUUAUACGGCCUGGCUGCUGCUGGCGUGUGUGAUGAGGGGGGGGGAGCAGGGUGAAUUAUACAAUAUCUAUAUUUUCUGAAACAAUUACAGAGUAUGUGAACAGAGAUUUUCCACUUUAUUGUCGGUGGGGUUAUACAGUAUAGGCCUUUGUAUAUCCAUCAGGGUUUCGCCUCUUUUCUUUUUCUUCUCUCAGUCUGUUGUUUUCACAGGGGUUGGCACAUGUAUCUGUACAGACCGUCUGUAUUGCUUUUUCAAUACAACAGCAGGCGUAAUUGACUUUUCCACAGGCCGAGGCCGCGGGUGCGUGAUGCGACACGAGCUGAACCUCCCGUCAGAGAGAAGCUCUGAAACACCUCGUGAUGUUCGGCUGGUUUCAUUUUACUGACAAAUUAAGUGUAAGAUGUUUUUUUGUUUUUGUUGUUCACUGAGAUUAUGUCGGUGGGGUUUCCUUUUUUGAGUGGGUGAUGGGCACUCUCUUUCCUUCUCUCUAUUUUGAUUGGUUGUUUGAUUCCUUUUGUCAUUGACACCAUUUUAGUUUUCAUUUUUCUGCGUUUUUGUUUAGUUUUUUCUCAUCACUGCCGUGCCAUUUUCUUUCCCUGAUGAGGGUUUGCACAUUUUUUCCCAUGCACAUUUCUUUUUUUUUCUCAUUUGACAUGUGGUACUAAUGCAAAAUUGCAAGACAGGCGCUUGUGAGUGUGAAUAUAUUUUCUAAGGUGUAAGUGUGUGUGUGUGUGUGAGUGUGUGUGAAUGCAGAAGAGAGCGGUUUACACAAGAGACUGGAUAUCCACCUGCUUUACGGGUGCGUAUGUUUGAGCUGGCUCUGCACACUUGAUUCUUAUUGAUUUGAAUCUUAAGUAUCUGGAUACAGUGGAGUUUUCUUGAUUUUUUUUUUUUCACAGUGUAGUUUCCUUUUACAAGUUUGUUGCCAGCAUAACCAGUUGUGUGUCCAUGUUUAACAAUCACGAGCAACUCAUCAAUACAAACACAUACAUGUACAUACCAAGGCCAAAACAUUUGCAGAUUCAGGUAAUCCAUGGCAAACAUUUGUAGAAUAGCAGUAAUAGUACUGAAGAACUUUAUUUUUUAUGAGUGGCCUUUCUUUCUGUACUUUUUUUACCUAAAUGUGAAUAUUGUUCCAAUCGUUUCUGUCACCGAUCAAAACUCGAGGCUUCUGACUGAGCAAAUUCAAACUCUCAUUUCUACUGUUAGACAUUAUUUUUUAAGACAAAAUCCUGUUUUACACCAAUGAUUGUAGACUCAUCUUACCGACGCCAUCGAUAUCCUGGAAUCCUACUGAAAAAUGAAACGUGCAAUAUCACCCCUGUUCAGUUUGACACUGAAAUUGCACCUGGAUAUUUUUUUAUUUUAUUCUAUUCACACUUUGUCACCAUCACAUUGAGACCAAAGACUAAUCAGCAUCUGAGCGUUUUAUUUUCCAGUAUUUACCUCAGUCUCCCCUCGGCGCCACCUCAUUACCCAGAAUACCACCAGACACAUCAUACAGCCCAGUGGUGGUAAACAGCUGCCAUUGACUAUGUUGUUCCUCUAAAACCCUCCCACCAACAGUGAUCGUCCAAUCAGCUUUGGAGUGCGUCAUCAGUUACGAAUGUAACACAACCUGUUGAGUCUCUAAAAUAUAAUUAACCUGAAACAUUUAAAAGAUAUUUCAAAACACUUGCAAUUGUCCGUGCUGUGUUUUCAGAAUCCCUUCAAAAUGUGGAGUUAUAACAAAGACAAAAAUUGGACCUGUUUUCCAAACUGCACCUCUGUUAAUUAAAACAAAGAUGGUGGCUACCCCCAAGGUGGGCUCAUCACUUUUAUCAUGCAGCAGGUGGAAUAUUUUCCUUACAACCGGUUAGAAGAGUUCUUAUAUUCUGAAAACAGCAUCAGAACAGCAGCAAGAUCUUGUUAAACCAAGAGCGUAUGAUAUGCCAGGCAAAAUUUAAUUACCUUUGCCAGACCAGUCGGUUAAUGAGUCUUCUUCCUGAAAGCCUUUCAGCUUAUGCUAAUUAAAGAAAAUGGACAAAGGACGUCUAAAAAGGAACGAAAUAACUUUUGUUUUUAUUAUAGGCUGCUUCUAAUAUGAGGACCAACUGCCCCAGUUUUGCUUCUUUGGGAGUUGGAAACAUUAGUAGGACAAAGACAGUUUUCUUUCUAUUUUGGCACAAAGCCUGUUGUCUGAAAUCAAUGAGACAUUGUUUGACAAAUUAAUUUAAAAAAGUUAAACAGGUAAAUCUGCCAGCAUGAUCGUUUCAAAAAUAAAACAUGGCAUCGAUCACGUGAUGUACGUUGGAGAACAGAAAGCUUGACAAGCAUAGCAACAGUAACCAAGGAGGCGUGGCUUGGCUGGAGGCAGCCUCCCAUCAGAACCUACGAUCUAAAUGUGAUGAGAGCCUUUAAUCCUCGCUACACACCCAAAGAUACACAAGCGCCACAAUGUCUGAAUACCAAAUCAAUGACUCGCUGGCUGUGUUCAUUCAUCAAACCUACCCCUCCGUCAUAACUCUCACUGGUGUCGGCCUGAGAGGACAAACCUCUGCUUUUUAAACCAUAUAUUUGAUGACUCCUCAUAACUUCCUGCAGCGUCCAGGAGAGAACUGAUGGUUUCAUUUAUCAAGCCACUGCCUACAGAUAUUUUUUAAAGGAGACAUAUGAUGCUUUUUUAGUGUUUCUCUCCUCCGGUGGGUUAUAUUGUUUUUUUUUGUCAUCCCCUAACAAAAUUUACCAAUCAGAGCAGACUGGGAUAAAUUGGGUGGGGUCCUUAAAGAAACAGGAGCUAAAACUAAGUGUUUCAGACAGAGGCUGAAGAGAGGAGCUGCAGAAAUGGGACAGAAUGAAGAAGAUUAUGUUUUCUGAACAUUAGAGCAUAUUAACCUUUUCAAUUAAUAACCCAAAUUUAAUUAAUGAUCCUGAACAUGCACAUAAUGUGUCUCCUUUAAAAUAUUGUCAGAUUCUAACCAUGUGAAGAAAUGCUCUCUGCAGAUGCUCGGAACAUCUGUUGUGUGUUGAAGUGUGAUUCUAACCGUUCUCAAAGUGCAGGCUGACGAUCUGAUUUGUUCGAGUCCAAAACACUUGCGCAACAGGAGGUUGUCGAGCAGCAGAAACCAUCACUCGACUAAUUGCUUCCACUCCCACUUUCCCAACGUGUCAUUUUAGAUGAUGACGAGUGCUGUUGUUGCCAUGGGUAACUGCUGUGUGCCGUUCUUCAUCCUCAGACUCAUGGGUUGGGUUGAAUGACGAUGGCUCGAGCUGAAUGUGAAGAGCUCGGUGUGAAGAAAUGAGAAUUGCAAUUUUUUUUUUCUCCCCGGCUUUGUUUUGUAUAUGUUAUUAUGGCGAUCCACAGCACACAAUAAAACCACACAGUAUCAUGGCUGUCUGUAAUUUCUGUAACUACUGUUGUUUUGAUUACAUUUAAGAUAAUAAACAAUGUUGUUAAAAAGUCA